CAAUCCAUUUAAACCCAGCGGGGCGAAGUAGAAAAGAGCACAGACUUCUUCAGUGAGAACGAAACGAGAGGGGGCGUCAGUGCGAACAAAGUAAUUAUAGGGAGAGGAGUGAGAGGACAUUCGGAAAUUGAACGGAAGUAAAACACUGGGUUUGUAUCUUCGUGGUUUUCCGACGUAGACGAUACACCCAAACUUAAAUUACAGCCUCAAAUCAAGUCGUGGAUGUGGGGUGCAUAUAUCACCCUGGGAUUUAACGUUCCUGCCGUCAAAAUUUCUCCCCUCUCUUUAUUUUGUGUCAGGUGGCUGAACUGUGGAAGCUACAGAGGACAAUAUCGAUUCCACAGGAUUUGAAACAUUUGUUCUAUACUUUAUACAAAAGUGCGAAGAUGUCUGGACAAAGCAUUACGGAUAGGAUAACUGCAGCUCAACACAGUGUAACCGGCUCCGCUGUGUCCAAAACUGUGUGCAAGGCGACCACGCAUGAAAUUAUGGGACCAAAAAAGAAACAUUUAGAUUACUUGAUCCACUGCACCAAUGAGAUGAACGUGAACAUCCCCCAGCUGGCAGACACCUUGUUUGAAAGGACUGCCAACACCAGCUGGGUGGUGGUCUUCAAGUCUCUCACCGCCACACACCACCUCAUGGUCUACGGCAACGAGAGAUUUAUACAGUACCUGGCUUCAAGGAAUACGCUUUUUAACCUCAGUAACUUUUUGGACAAAAGUGGCCUACAAGGCUAUGACAUGUCGACGUUCAUAAGGAGGUAUAGUCGCUACUUGAACGAGAAGGCUGUAUCGUAUCGACAGGUCGCUUUUGACUUCACCAAAGUAAAACGAGGGGCGGAUGGCGUUAUGAGAACCAUGAACACAGAGAAGUUACUGAAGACCCUACCCAUUAUCCAAAACCAGAUGGAUGCACUACUUGAUUUCAAUGUCAACGCCAAUGAGCUCACCAACGGAGUGAUAAACGCGGCCUUCAUGCUUCUGUUCAAAGAUGCCAUUCGACUGUUUGCGGCCUACAACGAAGGCAUUAUUAACCUGUUGGAGAAGUACUUUGACAUGAAGAAAACUCAAUGCAAAGAGGGCCUUGACAUCUACAAGAAAUUCCUCACUAGAAUGACAAGAAUCUCUGAAUUCCUUAAAGUAGCGGCGCAAGUAGGGAUUGAUCGAGGGGACAUCCCAGACCUCUCCCAGGCUCCCAGUAGCCUCUUGGAUGCCUUAGAGCAGCAUUUGGCUUCUUUAGAAGGGAAGAAGGUGAAAGAUUCCACCGCAGCCAGCAGGGCUAGCACUCUCUCCAACGCUGUCUCUUCUCUGGCCAACACGGGCAUAUCUUUCACCAAAGUGGACGAGAGGGAAAAGCAGGCAGCUCUGGAGGAAGAGCAGGCUCGCCUAAAAGCGCUGAAGGAGCAGCGUCUGAAGGAACUCCAGAACGGUCAUUCUUCCUAUGCCACCACGGAUGCCUCUCCUGUGUCCACUGACGGACGGACCAUCAACACAGCACCGGCCAUCGACCUUUUCUCCACACCCAGCUCCACAAACGACACUUCCAAGGCGGCGAGUGACCUUCUGGACUUGCAGCCUGCAUUUCAGCAGCAGGCACUGCUACUCUCCACUGGCCUACCAACAGCCAACACAUGGGGAGAUCCUUUCACUUAUACAGAAGCUGUCGAAGACUCCAUUACAAACUUUAACCCUUUCCUUACACAUCCUGUUGUUGAUGCGGUUCGUCUGCCUGUUGUGUCUUCCGAUGGUGUUAGUUCUAGGACACCCACUCAUGAAAUGUUUGGUGAUCAUUACAAUCCCUUUAUUGUUUCGAGCUCUUCCAUUGCAUCUGAUCAUGAGCACACAGUGCGGAUAGAGCACUUUAUCUCAGACUCUUUCUGUGGGCCAGCAUCAUAUCCUACCACUCCUCUCUUCCAGUCUGAGCCCUCUGCUGUAUCUGGUCUAUUUGGAGGAUUCUCAGUGUCUUCCACCACGCAGCCCCAGACCACAAGAGGCCUUAACGUCAACUUUGACUCUGUGUUUGGCAAUAACUCAGCCUCCGCCAACAAUGUUGCCUCUGCUGUGGCCUCCUCGCCCAGCCAGGGGCUAAUCCCAAACGGGCAGCAGCUUGGGAAGCUGGUGUCGGAUGACCUGGACUCGUCCUUGGCCAACCUUGUGGGCAAUUUGGGAAUUGGCAAUGGUGUGGCAAAAAAUGAUAUUCAUUGGAGUCAGCCUGGUGAGAAGAAGUUGACAGGUGGAUACAAUUGGCAACCAAAGAGUGCUCCGUCUACCACAUGGAACCCUGCCACCAUGAACGGCAUGCAUUUCCCACAAUACGCACCAUCUGUCAUGGCCUUCCCUGCAACAACGCCGACGGGAAUGAUGGCAUAUGGAAUGCCUCCCCAGAUGGGUUCUAUGGCCAUGAUAAACCAACCCACCAUGAUGUACAGCCAACCGGUUGUGAGGCCGGCCAACCCCUUUGGCCCGGGCCCAGGAGCACAGAUGCAGUUCAUGUAACCUGAAAGGGAGGCUUUUGUCCUCUGAAGACAAACCAAGAAGCAGCUAAACUUUCACUUUCAAGUAAAAAUCUGUUUUUACUCAUCUUCGAGAAUAUCAGCCCAAAUAAGAAAGGACUUGAAGGAAUCAAGGGGAGGAAGCCAUGUCCAAGACGUGUCAAGUAUACGUAGGACAAGGAUCCCAUUUUGUCAUUUGUCUUCUGAGAAAAGGUGUGCUGCCGUUAUAACCCCUCUACAGGGAUCACUCAUCCCAUUUGUCUUCUGUCAAAGAUAAACAUGGGUGUGGAAAGGGAGAUCAUUUGACUUUGCUGUUAUGUAUAAAAAUAGUGGGUUAUCACACUCAGCUUGAUGUUCUUGGGGUGAGGACGUGGGUUCAAGUGCGACGAGUGGAAGAAUUGCUUGAUCUGAUCAUCAAUCGUGCAUUAUCUAAUUUAACCAUCACUGAUUAGUAACGCUAACCUCCGUUUUAUACCAUGAUUUCAAUAUUUUCUCUUUAAAAAAAGUUUUAUUACGUUUGCAGUAGACAUUCCUUGUGUAUUGUUAGUAUUUAUUUAUGAUUACCCACGGAGGAAAUGGGGGGGGGAAGAAAUAAUAAUAAUAAUGUCAUUGAACUCUUCCAUGUGGGAGGUAUUCAGGUUUAUACAUGGUUAUGAUUGAUUGUAUAAUUUGAGUUUGAGAGUGACAGAGUAAAAAAAUAGUUAAUAUAAAGAUGAAAAAAUGUAACUGACUGUCAACAGACAGUUUAGCUCUAAUCACUGAACCGGCAUAAUGUCAAGCACAGUUCUUUGUGGCUCAAAGUCACAACCCUCCAUGUGUAAGGGGUGUUAUGGACGUCAAACAAGGGUAUUCAUUCAAUACAGUCAAUUCUGUGAGCUAGGGUCUUUUUUUGUUUUUGCAAGGGAACAUUUUCACGCACUAGCAAAGCACUACAUUUGUGAUUCGGCGGCAUUGCAUUGAGAUGGAUCCGCAUUUAUGCUUUACGCUUGGCAUGUCGUUUAUUUUACAUGGCUGCCUUUCCAACCUGAAUGUGCAGAGUGUCCUUCAGGCUCGGGGCCAUCUUUACAUAGACCAGCACUGGGAUUGGGGGAAAGAGGGAGGUGAUCUUCACAGGAGGCAGGGGAAAAAACUGUGUCACUGGUGGGUCAGCUCUCUGUGUAAGUGGCAGACCUGGGUUCAAAUACUAUUGGACAUCUUUUAAAUACUUUGUUUGCUUUAGCCUGUCUAGAGUGCCAGAUGGGCUGUGUUAGCAGUUUUGGGACAAUUCAGUUGGUCCAUUAAGCCAGACGAGUUCAAUCAAGCACAGAUAAAGUGUGAAAUGAGUAUUUGAUCCCAUGUCUGAUAAGUGGGCAGAAGGGUCCAGUUAAGCAGGGAGAAAUGGAACACUGUUGAUCGGUGCUUUGUGUGUGUAUAUAGAAGAGAGCCUAUCCCAUGAUAGGAAGGAUAUGUGCAGGAUGGUCAAAACCAGAAGGUUAUUCUAUUCAUCAAAUAUUUACUGCAUUGUCCCUGCAGAUUAUAUUUUUGUUUAUAUUAAAUAUAUAAAUGAAUGUAUGUAUGCAGACUUUUGGUUGAUUUUCCAAUAAAGUGCAGUUUCCACAGUGUUUAAAAAAAGAAUAAUAAUAAUUCCCACAACGUG